CUUGUCUUUGAUUUACUCAUCUUACGUAGUAUAUUACUUACUCUAUGAUUUACUCAAGUUUACCAAGUUGUGUCGUUUUUAGGUUAAGAAUAGAAACAAACAAAAUGUUUUGUUUUUUCUAGUGAUAAAAGAAGUAAAUAUUGCGGUAAUCAUACUGUUACUGAAUUAAACGACGUUGACUGUUUAAUUUCUUAAACGAUUAUCAAAAAUUUCUAGCAUACCUAAGUUUAAGUUUUCAACCUGUGCAGCUACUUUUUCUCAGUCUCUACAAGACACAUAGAUAUAAACAGAUUAAUUAAAUCACUACAAAGAUCCUAAAUCCUGUGCGUGUAACAUGUUGAAGAAGAUGGACGUUCAAACAUUACCUAAGAAAAAAACAAUUAGCAAAGGCAAGAUGAAAAAAAGCAUAAAAAAUGUGCUGUACCGCCCUGACGCUGUACGGUGGCCCCAAACUUCAGAAAAUGAUUCACUAGAACUGGAAACAGCAUUGAGUACUUACAGAGUUGACAUACCUGUAUUUAAGAAACCUCAUUGGAAUGAACUAAAACAUAUAGAAAAAGAAAAGAGACCCAAGGCACCACCAAUACCGAAAGUUGAAGGUUUAAUUUUUGGUAUAUCAGAAGGUUUGACUGCACUAGAAAAUAGACAGUGCUGGGCAGUAAUUAUUGAAGCGUCAGUGGUACCACGGACUAUUGUACAACCUGUAAUUGAAGCUUGUGUUCAAGAUAAUAUUCCAGUUGUGUGCCUUGCUGGGUUACGGAAAAUUAGCUUAAAUCAUUUCGGUAUACCUACAAGUUGCCUUUGUAUAAAAAAUGAACAACUACCUGACCUCAAAAAUCAAAUACUAGCAAUUUCAAAUAAGUUUAAUAAACCCAUAAAAUUGGAACAGAAUAAGAAAAUAGUGGAACCUAUGGAAGUGGAUACUGCUAUAGAAAAUCAAAAUGAUACAAAUAUUUCCAAAAAUGAGUUUUCCUAUUUACACAGAUCAGAUAAGAGAACUCGAGUAUUUAUACCAUCUGAUGCAAAAGAAGUGGCAAAGAAUGAUUUCUCUGGGCAAAACUUCAUUAGUUUCUCAAACAAUCAAGAAUCAGAGUCUAAUAGUAAAGAGUUUAUGAAAAUGACAGUAAAAAAAAUAUUAGGCAAUGCAAACAGGGUGAAGAGAAAGAAAAACUAGAAAUAUCUUUUGAAAAUCUUUAUUUAUAAAAUAUCAAUAAACUAUAAUGUCAAAAAAGACAUGGAUUAUUUUUAUACAUUCCUGAAGGAAUGUGAAAUUGCAAAUCAGUAAUCAGAUUUGAUUGGGCUUUAUGCCUUUGCUAAUUGAAAAGGUCUUUUCAAGAAGAGUACGUGCUGGGCGAUAUUCUUGCUCAGUUUAUAUACGGCUUUAAGCGUGAUAACAAGAUAUUUGAAUGGAGUAUUUAAA